AUUGGUGACAAUUCUCUUUUUGUUUGCGGCUUGGCCUCUGCUGUCACAAGCAGACGUUACUGCAUCCAUCACCAGCCACUGGAGCGGCGGAUUUCAGGGUGAAGCUUGCAUUGACGCCACUGUCGAACUACAUGGCUGGAAGAUCACGCUGACCUUUGACCCACCUAUAACAAGUUUAGAUGCAUUUACAGCAAACGUGGAGGAAAAAGAGGACGGCGGAAAAGUGUUUGAGCUGACCAGUAAGGAGUACAACGGCAACGAACAUGUUGGAGAUCAUUUGUGCAUAGGUUUCAUGGGACACAGCAGUGGUGACGUCUCGCCGACAGUGACAGCUGAGCUGGAAGGUACAGAUGGCACAGUAGUCCAGCCCACCCAAAGUCCA